CCCCGGCGCCGGCCCGACCGGACCCGACCGCCGCCUCCAGAGCGGCAUGCGGCGCUGAGGAGCGGCUGACCGAGGGCGGCGCCAUGAACCUCCUCCCGUGCAACCCCCACGGCAACGGGCUGCUGUACGCCGGCUUCAACCAGGACCACGGAUGCUUUGCGUGUGGGAUGGAGAAUGGCUUCCGCGUCUACAACACCGAUCCCCUAAAGGAGAAGGAGAAACAAGAGUUUCUAGAAGGUGGAGUUGGCCAUGUUGAGAUGUUGUUUCGCUGCAACUACUUAGCUCUGGUUGGUGGUGGAAAAAAGCCGAAAUACCCUCCCAAUAAAGUGAUGAUCUGGGAUGACCUGAAGAAGAAGACUGUCAUCGAGAUAGAAUUCUCUACAGAAGUCAAAGCUGUCAAGUUGCGGCGAGACAGAAUUGUAGUGGUUUUGGACUCCAUGAUUAAGGUGUUCACAUUCACACACAACCCCCACCAGCUGCACGUCUUUGAGACCUGUUAUAACCCAAAAGGUCUGUGUGUCUUGUGCCCUAACAGCAACAACUCUCUCUUGGCCUUCCCGGGCACACACACGGGCCACGUGCAGCUCGUGGAUCUGGCCAGCACUGAGAAGCCGCCCGUCGACAUUCCUGCACAUGAGGGCGUCCUGAGUUGCAUCGCCCUCAACCUGCAGGGGACGCGAAUCGCAACCGCAUCUGAGAAGGGGACCCUUAUAAGAAUAUUUGAUACCUCAUCAGGGCACCUGAUCCAGGAGCUGCGGAGAGGCUCCCAGGCAGCAAACAUCUACUGCAUCAACUUCAACCAGGACGCGUCCCUCAUCUGCGUGUCCAGUGACCACGGCACGGUACACGUUUUUGCCGCUGAAGAUCCGAAAAGGAAUAAGCAGUCCAGUUUGGCAUCUGCCAGUUUCCUUCCGAAAUACUUCAGCUCCAAGUGGAGCUUCUCCAAAUUCCAGGUCCCCUCAGGCUCUCCGUGCAUUUGUGCCUUUGGAACAGAGCCCAGCGCCGUCAUCGCCAUCUGUGCCGACGGCAGCUACUACAAGUUCCUGUUCAACCCCAAGGGGGAGUGCAUCCGGGACGUGUACGCACAGUUCCUGGAGAUGACCGACGACAAGCUGUGAGCCGCGCAGCCUGGAUGCUUGCCCAGGCUGUCCCUUUGCUCCUGGGGCCAGCACACCACACAACAGUCAACGGUCUGGGGCUGCCGGGUGCCCCCAGCCUCGAAGCCAUAUGUGAUGGUCUGCUUUCCUGAGAAAGGAGUCACAUUUCCAGUAUUAAAGAACAGCGUGGCUGUCAGGCACAGUGACGCCCUGCGACAGUGACCAGCUCGUGCCUGCCACCUGCCACCUUUUAGUUCAGCUGUGAAGUUAGCUUAGCAGUUCACUGCAUCUCACACCCACGACGCCUCCACACGUGGGCGUCGAGGCUAAAGACAGGACGGACGCCCGGCAGCAGAUUCCAUUGGAUCGUUGUGUCUUAGGGAAGGUGAACAAACGUAAAUGUGAGUCCCACAGUAUAGCAGGAUUUAAGUAAUGAUACCAGCAGCAGCCUUAGAACAGGAGAAGGGCUCCUUCUCCUCAGCACGUGGAGCAGAGACCCGCUUUGUCAGACAGCACCACCUGGACGUGUCUCUGCUAUAAGUUCUCGUCAUGGUCUCCCCGUGUCUGUAGCCUUACCUGGCAUGUGCACACAUGUGCAUCCCAUGUCUGUGUGGACUGUUGGAAUUGAAGCAAAUACAGGCCCCCCGGAUGCCACUCCUCUCGCUGAGGGUGUGGUGGCCUCUUUUGAUCUCGAACAAAGUGAUGCAGACUUAGCCCUGGCUGUGGAGGAAAAUGCUGUGUGACAAGGAGCACGGGAAGGGGGCCAGCAGCAUAGCGCCUUGAGUCCCCGCCGGUCGGCAGUGGGCCUCCAUCAGACUGUCAGCUCUUCACUCUCUCACAGCAUCUUCCCCUGCAGCGUUUGUAAGGAUAGCUACACACUUACGUUCUGGGAAUGAAAGGCACAUACUGUUUUUUUAGCCUUUGGUAAAAGCAAAAUAGGUUAUGGGCUCUAUAUUCUUAGUACUAUUUGAGGUAUAUAUUUAAUUUUUCUCAAUACCCUUCAAAAAGACUUGAUUUUGUUUUUGAUUUCAGGUUGCAGACAUAAAAUCUGUAUAGCAGAAACUUCUCGGUUUGUCAGUUCUUUUCUGUCUUGUAAUCAGCUAAGUGGAUUUUGAUGUAAAGUAUGCAUGUUACUUUCACAUGUAUUUAAUCAUGAAAUUUAAUUUUGCACACUUAUUUUUAAUGUUUCUCUUAAAUAAAAGUGACUGAUUUUGUUGUACCUUUUAUCCAUAAAGGGAAGUAGAAUUUUGCAAAUGAAAUGAAAUUCUCCCCGUCGUGAGAAUCGGGAUUGGACUGUAGCUUCAGGAGCAGCCCCCCCCAUUCCUCAGGGACCGACUUGUGGCAGGUGAUACUGUGGCGGGAACAGUGUGAAAGCUGAGCCCCUUGCAUCUGCCACCCCCCUGUACGCGUGCAGACAUGUCAUGGGUGGCGCUAUGGUGGUGGUGGUUGUUAGGUGCCAUCGAGUCAGUUCCGACCACGUGUACAACAGAACGAAACACUGCCCAGUCCUGAGUCAUCCCAGCAAUUGUUGCCAUGCUUGAGCUCAUCGUUGCAGCCACUGUGUCAGUUCCUCUCAUCAAAGGUCUUCCUCUUUUCUCCUGACCUUGUCCUCUGCCAAGCGUGAUGUCCUUCUCCAGGGACUAAUCCCUCCUGACAACAUGUUCAAAGUAUGUAAGACGCAGCCUCGCCAUCCUUGCUUCUAAGGAGCAUCCUGGCUGUACUUUUUCUAAGACAGAUUUGUUCAUUCUUUUGGCAGUCCAUGGUAUAUUCAGUAUUUUUUGCCAACACCAUAAUUCAAAGGCGUCAAUUCUUCAGUCUUCCUUAUUCAUUGUCCAGCUUUCCCAUGCGUAUGAUGUGAUUGAAAAUAACAUGGCUUGGGUCAGGCGCACCUUAAGUCUUCAGGGUGACAUCUUUGCUCUUCAACACUUUGAAGAGGUCCUUUGCAGCAGAUUUACUCAAUGCAACGUGUCUUUUGAUUUCUUGACUGCUGCUUCCAUGGCUGUUGGUUGUGGAUCCAAGUAAAAUGAAAUCCUUGACAACUUCAGUCUUUUCUCUAUUUAUCAUGAUGUUGCUCAUUGGUCCAGUUGUGAGAAUUUUUGUUUUCUUUAUGUUUAGGUGCAAUCCAUACUGAAUGCUGUGGUCUUUGAUCUUCAUCAGUAAGUGAUUCAAGUCCUCUUCACUUUCAGCAAGCAAGGUUGUGUCAUUUGCGUAACGCAGGUUGUUAAUGAGUCUUCCUUCAAUCCUGAUACCCCAUUCUUCAUAUAGUCCAGUUUCUGGUAUUAUUUGCUCAGCAUACAAAUUGAAUAGGUAUGGUGAAAGAAUACAACCCUGACGCACACCUUUCUUGAUUUUAAACCAGUCAGUAUCCCCUUGUUCUGUCCAAACAACUGCCUCUUGAUCUAUGUAAAGGUUCCUCAUGAGCACAAUUAAGUAUUCUGGAAUUCCCAUUCUUUGAAAUGUUAUCCAUAAUUUGUUACGAUCCACACAGUCGAAUGCCUUUGCAUAGUCAAUAAAACACAGGUAAACAUCCUUCUGGUAUUCUCUGCUUUCAGCCCAGAUCCAUCUGACAUCAGCAAUGAUAUCCCUGGUUCCAGGUCCUCUUCUGAUACCGGCCUGAAUUUCUGGCAGUUCCCUGUCGAUAUACUGCUGCAGCCGCUUUUGAAUGAUCUUCAGCAAAAUUUUGCUUGCAUGUGAUAUUAAUGAUAUCCUUCUGUAAUUUCCACAUUCGGUUGGUUCACCUUUUUUGGGAAUAGGCAUAAAUAUGGAUCUCUUCCAGUCAGUUGGCCAGGAAGCUGUCUUCCAUAUUUAUUGGCAUAGACGAGUGAGCCCCUCCAGCGCUGCAUCUGUUGAAACAUCUCAAUGGAUAGUCCAGCAAUUCUUGGAGCCUUGUUUUUCGCUGAUGCCUUCAGAGCAGCUUGGACUUCUUCCUUCAGUACCAUCGGUUCCUGAUCAUAUGCCACCUCUUGAAAUGCUUGAGUAUCGGCUAAUUCUUUUUGGUAUAAUGACUCUGCGUAUUCCUUCCAUCUAUCUUUUUUUGAUGCUUCCUGCAUCAUUUGAUAUUUUCUCCAUGGAAUCCUUCACUAUUGCAACUCGAGGCUUGAAUUUUUUCUUCAGUUCUUUCAGCCUGAGAAACGCCGAGUGUGUUCUUCCCUUUUGGUUUUCCAUCUCCAGCUCUUUGCACAUGUCAUUAUAAUACUUUACUUUGUGUUCUCGAGAGGCCCUUUGAAAUCUUCUGUUCAGUUCUUUUACUUCAUCAAUUCUUUCUUUUGCUUUAGCUGCUCAAUGCUCAAGAGCAAGUUUCAGAGUCUCCUCUGACAUCCAUCUUGGUCUUUUUUUCCUUUCCUGUCUUUUCAGUGAUCUUUUGUUUUCUUUAUGGAUGAUGUCCUUGAUGUCAUUCCACAACUCAUUUGGUCUUUGGUCACUAGUGUUCAGUGCGUCAAAUCUAUUCUUCAGAUGGUCUCAAUUCAGGCGGGAUGUACUCAAGGUCAUAUUUUGGCUCUCGUGGACUUGUCUGUCAGUUUGUCUUACUGUGGGGGCUUGCGUGUUGCUGUGAUGCUGGAAGCUAUGUCACUAGUAUUCAGAUUCCAGCAGGGUCACCCAUGGAGGACAGGUUUCAGCUAAGCUUCCAGACUAAGACAGACUAGGAAGAAGGACCUGGCAGUCUACUUCUGAAAAGAAUUAGCCAGUGAAAACCUUAGGAAUAGCAGUGGAACACUGGUAGAUGAGCCCCCCAGGUUGGAAGAUGAGCCCCCCAGGUUGGAAGAUGAGCCCCUCCAGGUUGGAAGGCACUCAAAAGAUGACUAGGGAAGAGCUGCCCCCUCAAAGUAGAGUUGGCCUUAAUGAUGGGGAUGGCGCUGUGGUGGGAACAGUGAAAGCUGAGGCUCUGUGCCCGGGACAGCCUCAUGGCUGCUGAGCACUUCUGGAAAACAGAAAACAUGAGUAGAACCCUCAUGUGGCCUUGGGAGAAGUGCAGCUCCCACUUGAGGAGCAGAGGUGAAAGAACAGUGUUUGUUAACUGAAUUCAUUCAUCUGCAUUAGCCAUCAUGCAGGCAGAUGGCCCCAAAGGCACGUGGGGCAUCGGCCUGGUGCGAUACACGGUGUGUCUGAGCCCAAGUGCUCUAGUGAAGCCUUCUCUCUGUCUCAGCUAAUUUUGUCCAAUGCCUCAGGUCUGACUUACAUCAUUGAUGUGAUUGUUGGUUCAUGUUCUCUCUAGAUAUAAUUCCUCUCAUGUAUCCAAGUGUCCACUAGACUGGGGGACAGCUUCUCAAAGGGAGAGUGGUCUUCUCACAGCGAGAGCUUUCUCUGGAAAGUGGGGCGGUUUAGCAGGGACCAACUCAUGAGAAGUGUUAAGCGUUUUAAGUAACAAGCUGUGAGCCAAUGCCAGGUGACACUCGUCCCCUCAGGACACCAGGUCUGCGCCCCAGCUCUGCCGUGCAGGACGACCUGGCUCCUCCAUGAGGUGACAGGAUGACAGGGCCCGUGAAGAUGCUCGCCACUGAGCAGUGCGUCCUGACUGGGAAGUUUUGCUAGGAGCCACUGAAGAGCUCUGCUUCCUGCUGCGCCUACUCCUGGCUGGGGUGUGUGCUUUGUCGACCAGACUGUCAGCCCUGUUGCAGCAAGAGGGCUCUGGCUUUUCCCGUGCAGGAUGGUGAGCUCACGCCACGGAGUGUGAUCUGAGAAGUGACCGGAAGAAGGCUGAGUCGGCAAGGUGGAUGGACUGAGGAGGCGCCCGUGGUGUCACCAAGGCUUCCGCUCGAGUCUGUCUGAGGAAGAGCAAGAUGUUGCAGAACACAACAGGGUGAUGCUUCCUGUGGGCUCACUUUGGUUUCAGCCAUUCACAAUUUGAGUGAAAGCCUUGUGUGGAGCAAGCACCACGGCUGUCCUGUGCUUCCUUUCUCUGAACCUGGCUGAGUCCUUGUCUGCUGGGUCCAUCACGGUUUGUCAGAGGCAGGCAGACGUGAAGGCUCUCUUUCCAGGGGUUUCUGCAGAAGCCCCUGCUUGCUGGCCAUGUUGGAAAGUGCAAAUGGUUGAUUUUCCCACCAAGUACCAACUGCAAUGUGUGAAAUUACUGCCUCAAACAGUUGUUCUCUGAAGAAAUCUGUUUAUCAGGUGUUCUAUUUCUGUGACUUCUCCAGGCAUGUGGGUGUGAAAGCUUGUCCAUUUCUCCUUGGCCUUGUUUGUCAUCAACCCUUCCUCUCCCAGCUUCCACACCUGUCCCCCAAGCCACCGGCCACCAAGUCUUCUCAGAAGCACUGCUUUCUUGGAGCCACAUCCAUGUUCAGAAGUGUUAGCUCACCACUGCCUAAAGCAUAAAGACAGAGCACCAGCCUCCGUGACCUGGCCCACCUGUGCUUUGGUGGCAUUCCUGUGGGAAGCUUCAGCCCCAGCUUGGCCUGGAGUUUAGCUGUUGGUGCUGCUAUCUGCAGCCUUGUACGGCCAGAGGCUUUUAUGUCUGCGUGCUUUCGGCAACUGGACACCUUCUAUGGAAUACACUAUUUCCCAUAUCUUGGUUCCUGACCCUUCAGUAUUUUCCAUUAUAGGCAUUGGAUUAAUUGCAACACCUUUAGAACUUGGGUUUUGCAAAAAUUUUGUUCCUCAAAAUGGAUCAGAAAACAAAAUACAACAUUUGUUUUAAAAUCUAAAUAUGUAUAUAGAAACUGUUUGUUUGUCGAAAGCAAAAUUCCCUUAUGUUGCCUUCUUCAGAGAAAAGCGUCACAGGACGGCCCUGCGCCUCCUUGGCGUGAACUUACCAUCGCCAGCAGCGUCACACAGAUGCUGCCGUUAAACCUUUUAAAGCAGAAACGUGUCAGCUGCUGUAGUUACUAUACGGGUGGGCACUUGUGUUUUUUGCUGUUAACAGUUUGGAAAUGAAGAGCCUUGUGCAUACGUGCUUACACACUUGUCCACCUGUUAGGAAAAUAGAACUGAAAUUGCACAAAGGGUUCACAGGCCUAAGAUUUGAUCUACAUUUGUCCCGCCAAUGCUGAACACUAUGAAAUGGGCCAAUCUCUCAUACCUUAAUAGGACCAAACUCUGUGCAUGAUUCAUCUUUUUAAUCUUCAGUGGGGGGAAAAUAUCCAUUUGCUCGCUUCUUGCAAUUAUUUUGUAAAUUGACUUUUCAUGUCUUUGUCUUUCCGUUCGUGUAUUUUGUUUGUAGGAACUUAUUUAUAUAAUAAGUCUUUGGUACUUUUUUUAUUUUUUUGAGGUUUUAUUUAGUUGUUUGCAGAUCUUCAAUUUUUAUGUAGCCAAAUCUAUCAACCUUUUUUAUGGUUGGUUUCCGGUAUUCAUGAUUCAUAAAGUAUUUUUCCUCAGGUGCUGGUUCAUGGGUAUUGUUCUCAAAGUUGACUAACUGAAAGUAACGUCAAAGCAUAUAGUGAGGUGGGGGCCUCGUUUUCCUCCCACACACCGAGAUGUUUAGGCGUUACUCAGACGUGGGGUGAACACACUCCAGAUUUGUCCAUUACUGCCCUGACUUAGGUCACUGCCCUGAUGUCUAGACGUCCAGGGAGCAUUUCAACACUCAGUAGCUGGUUUAGGUAAUGAAUUAUAUGGUUACCCUAUUUUAGUGCCAUUUAGUGUUCUGCUAAUAUUGCCUAUUCUGUUUUUUUUUUGCUAAAUAAUAUUUUAUUGUGUUUUAGCUGAAAGUUUACACAGCAAAUUAGGUUCCCAUUUAACAAUUUUUAUACAGAUUGCUCUGUGCAUUUGGUUAUAGUUUUCAUAAUGUGUCAGCAUUCUCGUUAUUUCCUUUCUGUUUGUUCUGUUUCCAUUGAUCUAGCUUCCCUUUUCCCCCUCGCCUUCUCAUCUUUGCUUUCGGGUAAAUGUUGACCGUUUGGUCUCAUAUAGUUGAUUGUUUAAGGGAGCACAUUACUCAUGGGCGAUAUUGUUUCUUUUAUAAGCCAGUCUAUUAUUUGGCUGAAAGGUGACUCCAAAAGUAGUUCCGGUUCCAAGUUCAAAGGGUAUCUCACGGUGGUAGUCUCAGGGGUUCCUCUAGUUAUCAGUCUAGUAGGUCUGGCCUUUUUUUAGGAAUUUGAAUUUUGUUCUACAUUUUUCUCCCAGUCUGUCUGGGACCUUCUGUUGUGUCCCUAGUCAGAACUGUUGGUAUUGGUAGCCGGGCAUCAUCUAGUUUUCCUGGUCUCAGGUUAGAAUAGAAGAGGCUGUGGUUUGUGUGGGCUGUUAGUCCUAUGGACAAGUUUAUUCUUUGAGCCUUUGAUUUUCUUCAUUCUCUUUUGCUCCGUCUGAGUAGAGACCAGUAGAUAUAUUUUAGAUGGCCACUCACAAGCUUUUAAGACCCCAGAUUCUACUCACCGACCUUGGAUGUAGGACAUGAUGAACUAUGUUAUGCCAAUUGACUGAGUUGUCCCCUGAGGCUGUGGUCCUAAGCCUUUUAAAACUCAGUAAACCAGUCCCACAAGUUGUAACUUGUAAUUGUGCUGUAACUGUGCCCCCUGUGUACUUUGUUUUAUAUGUGGAUAUAUAUGCAGCUCACACAUGCCUGCAGAUACACCUAUACCUGCAUAUGCAUUUACUUGCAUUUGCCUUCCUGUAUGCAUAUGUUGCUGUUGUUAGGUGCCGUCCAGUCGAUUCCUACUCAGCGACCCUAUGCACACCAGAACGAAACACUUCCUGCUCCUGCACCAACCUCACAGUCGUUGGUAUGCUUCAGCCCAUUGUUGAAGCCACUGUGUCAGUCCAUAUUGUUGAGGGUCUUCCUCUUUUUCACCAACUCUUCAUUUCAGCAAGCAUGAUGUCCUCCAGGGACUGAUCCCUUCUGACGACAUGUCCAAAGUAUGUGAGACAUAGUCUCGCCAUCCUUGCUUCUAAGGAGCGUUCUGGUUGUACUAAUUCCAGGACAGAUUUGUUUGUUCUAUUGGCAGUCCAUGGUAUAUUCGAUAUUCUUUGUCAACACCACAGUUAAAAGGCAUCAGUUCUUCAGUCUUCCUUAUUGAUUGCCCAGCUUUCACGUGCACAGGAGGCAAUUGAAAACACCACGGCUUGGGUCAGGCGCACCUUAGUCUUUAAGGUGACAUCUUUGUUUCUCAGCACUUUAAAGAGGUCACUUGCAGCAGAUUUGACCAAGGCGAUUUGUCUUUGGAUUUCUUGACUGCUGCUUCCAUGGCUGUUGAUUGUGGAUCCAAGUAAAAUGAAAUCCUUGACAACUUCAGUCCUUUCUCCGUUUAUCAUGAUGUAGCUUAUUGGUCCAGUUGUGAGGAUUUUUGUUUUCUUUAUGUUGAGGUGUAAUCCAUACUGAAGGCUGUCAUCUUUGAUCUUCAUCAGUAAGUGAUUCAAGUCCUCUUCACUUUCGGCAAGCAAGGUUGUGUCAUCUGCAUAACGCAGGUCGUUAGUCUUUCUCCAGUCCUGAGGCCCCGUUCUUCAUGUAGACCAGCUUCUCGGAUCAUUUGCUCAGCAUACAGAUUGAAUAGGUAUGGUGAAAGGACGCAACCCUGACACACACACCUUUCCUGACUUUAAACCACGCAGUAUCCCUCUGUUCUAAUGACUGCCUCUUGAUCUGUGUACAGGUUCCUCGUGAGCACAAUUCAGUGUUGUGAAAUUCCCAUUCUUCGAGAUGUUACCCAUAAUUUGUUAUGAUCCACACAGUCAAAUGAGUUUGCAUAGUCAGUAAAACACAAGUAAACAUCUUUCUGGUAUUCUCUGCUUUCAGCAAGGAUCCAUCUGACAUCAGCAAUGAUAUUUCUCGUUUCACGUCCUCUUCUGUAGCUGGCUUGAAUUCCUGUCAGUUCCUUGUUGCGAUACUGCUGCAGCUGCUUUUGAAUGAUCUUCAGCAAAAUCUUGGUUUGUGUGUGAUAUUAAUGAUAUUGUUUGAUAAUUUCUGCAUUCUGUUGGAUCACUUUUCUUGGGAAUAGGCAUAAAUAUGGAUCACUUCCAAUUGCUUGGCCAGGUAGCUGUCUUCUUAAGUUCUUGGCAUAGGUGAGUGAGCACUUCCAGCAGUGCAUCUGUUUGUUGAAACAUCUCAGCUGGCAUUCUGUCAAUUCCUGGAGCCUUGUUUUUCGCCAGUGCCUUCAGUGCAGCCCAGACUUCUUCCUUCAGUACGAUGGGUUCUUGAUCAUAUGCUACCUCCUGAAAUGGUUGAGCGUCGACCAAUUCUUUUUGGUAUAGUGACUGAGUAUUCCUUCCAUCUUUUGAUGCUUCCUGCAUCGUUUAAUAUUUUCCCUGUAGAAUCCUUAAUUAGUGCAGCUUGAGGCUUGAAUUUUUUCUUCAGGUCUUUCAGCUUGAGAAGUGCAGAGCGUGUUCUUCCCUUUUGGUUUUCUAACUCCAGGUCUUUGCAUGUCAUUAUAAUACUUUGUCUUCUAGAGCUGCCCUUUGAAAUCUUCUCUUCAGCUCUUUUACUUCAUCAUUUCUUCCUUUUGCUUCACUGUACGUUCAAGAGCAAGUUUCAGAUCUCUUCAGACAUCCAUUUUGAUCUUUUCUUUCUUUCCUGUCUUUUUAAUGACCUCUUGCUUUCUUCACGUAUGAUGUCAUUCCACAACUCAUCUGGUCUUUGGUCAUAAGUGUUCAGUGCAUCAAAAUCUAUUCUUGAGAUGGUCUCUAAAUUCAGGUGGGAUAUAUUCAAGGUCGUACUUUGACUCUUGUGGACUUGUUCUAAUUUUCUUCAGUUUCAGCUUGAAUUUACAUGUGAGUAAUUGAUGGUCUGCUCCACAGUCGGCCCUUGGCUUUGUUCUGCUUAGUGAUAUUGAGCUUUUCCAUCAUCUCUUUCCAUAGAUGUAGUCAGUUUGAUUCCUGGUGAGGUCCACAUGUGUAGUUGCCGUUUAUGUUUUUGAAAAAAGUUAUUUGCAAUGAAGAAGUUGUUGGUCUUGCCAAAUUCUGUUGUGAUCUCCGGCACUGUUUGUAUCACCGAGGCCAUAUUUUCCAACUACUGAUCCUUCUUUGUUUCCAACUCUUGCAUUGCAAUCACCAGUAGUUAUCAGUGCAUCCUGAAUGCAUGUUCAAUCAAUUUCAAACUGCAGAAGUUGGUAAAAAUCUUCAGUUCCUUCAUUGUUGACCUUAGUGGUUGGUGCAUAAAUUUGAACAAUAGUCAUAUUAACUGAUCUUCCUUGUAGGCAUAUGGAUAUUAUGCUAUCACUGACAGCAUUGUACUUCAGGACAGAUCUGGAAAUGUUCUUUUUGACGAUGAAUGCAAUGCCAUUCCUCUUCAAGUUGUCAUUCCCAGCGUAGUAGACCAUAUGAUUGUCCAAUUCAGAAUGGCCAAUAACAGUACAUUUCAGCUCACUAAUGCCUAGGGUAUUGAUGUUUACGCAUUCCAUCUCAUUUUUGACCAUUUCCAGUAUUCCUAGCCUUAUACUUCGUACAUUCUCGGUUCCGAUCAUUAAUGGAUGUUCGCAGCUGUUUCUUCUCAUUUGAGUUGUGCCACAUCAGCAAAUGAAGGUCCCGAAAGCUUUACUGUAGUUCUGUCAAAUACUAAGAGAAAUGUUUAAAUCUGGGCUGCCUUUUUAGUGUCUUUUUGCUUUUUAAAAUCCAGUUUGAAAGAUUCUUCUUUUAAUUGGAUUGUUUGGUCCGCCUGUUUUUAUUGUAAUAAUUGACGCGGCUGUGUCUAGGCCCCUCGUGCUCUUCUCUCCCUGUUUAUCCUGCCUUUUGGUCUUCUGUCGUUUCUUUCCUGCUGCUUUUGGGUUAACUGAGUUUUUGGUGUGUGUGUGUGUGAAGUAUUUCAUCCUAAUAUCUGUUUUCUUUUUACCUAUACUUCCUUGCAUUUUUUUGUAGUGGUUGUACUAGAGGUUACAGUAAACAUCCUUAACUUUUCAGAAAUUACUUAGUAUUACACUAACUUCAUGUAAAAUAUAAAGCAGUUGUACACAUUAGUUCCUCUUACCACCUUGUCUUUAUAAUUGCCUUACGUAUUGAACAUGCAGACAUUGAAAACCCCGUAAGCAAUUGUGUUAAACAGUCAUAUAGAUUUUAAAGAAGUUGAGAAGAAAAAAUAAUGGUUUACAUUUCUCAAAGUGCCAUUUCUUCGACUUCUGCAUUCUUUCCUAAAGAUCUGAUUUGCCAUCUGGUAUUUCAGCAUUUCUUGUAGUGCAAAUCUAUAGGUGAAGAAUUCUCUGUUUGUUUUUUUAAUUUUAAGAUUUUAUUUUGCGUUUGUUGUUGAAAUACAUUUUGGCUAGAUAUAAAUUUGUGUGUUGACAGGUUUUUUUUCUUUCAGUCCUUUGAGCAUAUCAUUCCACUGUCUUUUGACCUGCAUUUCUGAUAAGAAACUGUCAUUUGUAUUGUUCUCUGUUUUGUAAUGUCAUUUUUUCCUCUAGCUACUUGAAUUUUUUCUUUUUAUUUCUUGAUUUCAGCAGUUUGAUUAUGAUGUCUACAUGUGGUUUUAUCAUAUAUGGGUGUUGCUGAGUUCUUGAAUCUGUAAAUUUAUAGCUUUCAUCAAACCUGUCAAAAUUUUAAUGAUUAUUUCAUCAACUAAUUUUUUAGCCAUUGUCUCUCUCCCUUUUGGAAUUGAAGUACAUAUAUGUACCACCUUUUAUAUUGUCCACUGGUCGAUAUGAGGCUGUUUAUAUAUUUUUUAAAUGUUUGCCCCUCUGUGUUUUCAAAUAGGAUAGUUCUUAUCCAUCAUUGACUAUCACUAUUGAUGACCUGUGAGUCACUGACUGCACAGAUUCACUGUCACGUCCAUUCUGCUUUAAAGCCCAUACCAUGCGUUCUGAAUUUCAGAUAGCUUGUCAGUUUUAAUACUGAUUUCUAAUUCUUGGGUAAAGUUUUUUAUUUGCUCAUUCGUUAUGAGCAUUUUUAAUUUACAUCCUUGUGUAUUUAUAGUAAGUGUUAAAAUUCUUGUCUGCUAAUUGCAGCAUUGGGUCUUCUCAGGGUACAUCUCCAUUUAUUUUAUUUUAUUCAAAGUAUGGUUCCCAUUUACUUGUCUAGUAUGUCUGGUAAUUUUGAAUUAUAUCCUGGACAUUGCAAAUGGUACAUUGUAGAGAUUAUGGAUUAUGUAACGUUCCUUUAAAGACUAGAUUUUUGUUGUUUUAACAGGCAAUUAACCAGGCAGAACUAAAAAUACACAUUCAGUCUCCCCUGUGGUGGGAACCGGCAUGGCCAGGCCUCACUUCAGCAAACAGGGCAGUUAAGGCACAAAAUUUAAGAGGCACUUUUUCUCAGGUUGGUGACACUGGAAAUGAGCCUUUAAUAUUGUCAGGUGUUUUUAUUCUGCAUCUGUUGAGACGACCAUGUUUACCUUUUACUCAGUGUGAUGAAUCACGUCGAUUUCUGAAUGUUGAACCAACUUUGCAAUCCUGAUGUAAACUUCACUUGUUCAUAGUAUGUUGUCUUCCUUAUAUAUUGCUGAAUUUGUCAUGCUGAUAUUUGAGGAUUCUUGUGUGUAUGUUUGUGAGGGAUACUGAUCUGUAGGUUUCUUAUAACAUCCCUGUCACAUUUUGCUAUCACUGAUUUCAGAUUAGUGAUUUUGUGGUUUUGGUAUUAAAGACCACUUGCCCUGUGUAACAUCCACUAUAGGCAUAGCAUCCAUGGACAUUCAGUGGAUGUUAAAAUCCUGAGGGACUAAGGUACACCUAGUGAAAGGUUUUUUUUUUUAAUAGCUCUGCCCAAGAGAAACUUCAUGUUCUGUAGAGAACAUGAAUUUUCACUGACCACCAGCCACACAAAAUUGUGUCAUCUGUAUAAAGUCAUUAUGGUGAGUUUGACUCUUCGGAGGCGUCUGAGCUAAUAAUGAGGACAAUUAUCUCACAGGCAGGGGUAGACAAUGACCAUCAAAGGUUUGGGAGAUACUAGUUUUUAUGGAAGCAGCAUCUUGGUGACCUUCAAAGCAGAUGUGUGAUUCCCGUAAAACCGCAUUCCUUUACCUCAGUUUCAACACCCUCAGAAGGAUGUCUAACAUUUCCAGCUGUCAGCCUUUGUGAGGACAAGGGGUCUAUUUAAAUGCCUGUUGGACAUGACCAUGAGACUGGUUUGUUUAUCAAGAGACGGGAGUUUAUUACCAGUCAGCCAGUGGAGACCAAGGCCAUCUUAUUCUGCAAACAAUGAGUUACUAAUUACACUAUCACAUUAAUUUAAACACAAGAAUGUACAAGGUUUCUGUACCCAAAAUUGAUACCCAGAACAAGUUACUAAUCCUAAGAAAGAACUGCACAGUGUUACACAAUUAGAAAACUUCGUGUUAAAUACUCCACUGUUUUUUCCUCAGUGCAUGGGUCCCAGAGGACACUACUCAAAGCUUUGUGAAAAUAGCCCUCAAGGGAGGCAUAUAAGAUUGUCAGGCACCUGGAGGCCAAAACCACCCAGUGCCCAGUGGCUUCACAGAAGCAGCUUCAUCAGGCAUUUAUCCCUUUAUCUGCUCUGGAGAAGGUAUUCUUGCCAGGACUGGUAGUGUCCUUGUUUUUAUUUUUUAAUGGGAAGGGUUAGGGUGGGGUGAGGAGGCAGCUUCAAAGAAAAUGCAAGUAAGCUAGAGUUUGAAUAUAAUUCUGUCCUUGGUAUCCAUAGACCAAUGUCCUUCUGGAUAUAAGGCCGGAGGUGGAUUUCAUAUAAUAUGAAAUUCUGCUUCAAAGAGCUUUCAUCUGUGAGAUGAUUAAGUUCAGACAGCUGAAAUAAGAAGCUCAUGCCUAGAGCUAGGGUAGUCUAGUCUGAAGGGAUUAUUUUCAUGGCACAGUUACUCUUGAUGUCCCUAACUGAAUUUCCUAACACCUAGCUUCCACAGCUGAUGAGUUAGUGUUUAACAGGCCUAUCUGCUUAAAGAGAUGGAAGCAGGAGGUUCUCCCUGGGCCUAAGGGGGUACACGACAUCUGUACACGCCCCGUGAACCAUGCAGUUUGAGGCGGUGGGUAUGUGCAUCUCCUCUUACCAGACUCUCCAAAGGAUUCUGGAACGCGCAAUGGUUAGGCGCCACUUGCCCUUUAAAAGGGAAGCUGACUACUGAGUCCUGAGUUUCAGUCUACAGUGAAGGAAAAAUUGCGUUCAGGUUAGAGUCGCACAGCUGAUGAAUGUAAUUGCCGUCAAGAAGUUGUACACCUGUAAAAAGAUGAAUUCGCAAAAGUUGUGAUAAUACUCUUAAAACAAUAAGAAAAGAGCUGCUGAGGCUGCUUAAGUACAACUAGUUGGUUCCCUGGUUGGGAGGUUUAGGGUCAUGUUUCGUGGGACAUCUCAGUUAACUGGCCUCAUACGUUUAGUGCUUCUGUUCUUCCCCCUAGUUUGUUGCAUAGUGCCUGGGGUCUUAGAAGCUUGCAGAUAGCCAUCCAAAGUACCGUCGGUCUCUGUUCACCUACAGCAAUAGAAGGAGAAGGUAAGUCAGGAAUAGGAAGGGGAAAUGGAAUAUGUGGCUAAUUGCCUUUAUGAAGAACUGCCCCCUUUUCCGUGAGACCAGAAGAAAUGGAUGAUGCCCAGCUACCAUUACUGAACAUUUUGAGCAAAUUCUAUAGAACAAUUCUGAUCAAGAGGGGGAAAAUGCAGAACAGAAUUUCAAGUUGUCAGGGAAUUCCAACUUUCUGGAGCAUGGAUGAACCCCUGAAACGAUUGCCCUGAGAUAAUCUUUAAACCUGAAACAUUAAACCAAAAAUAUACCCUGACGUCUUCUUAAAGCCAAACAAUGUUGUUGUUGUUAGGUGUCCUCCGGUCGGUUCUGACUCAUAGCGAACCCUGUGUACCACAGAAUGAAACACUGCCUGGUCCUGCGCCAUCCUUAAAAUCGUCGUUACGCUUGAACCCAUUGUUGGAGCCACUGUGUCAGUCAUCUCUUUGAGGGUCUUCCUCUUUUCCACUGACCCUGUACUUUACCAAGCACGAUGUCCUUCUCCAGGGACUGAUUCCUCCUGACAACAUGUCCCAAGUAUGUGAGACAUAGUCUUGCCAACCUUACUUCUAAGGAGCAUUCUGGCCUCACUUCCUCCAAGACAGAUUUGUUCGUUCUUUUGGCAGUCCAUGGUAUAUUCAAUAUUGUUUGCCACCACCACAAUUCAAAGACAUCAGUUCUUCCUUCUUCUUAUUCAUUGUCCAGCUUUCCCAUGCAUAUGAUGCAAUUGAAAAUACCAUGGCUUGUGUCAGGUGCACCUUAGUCUUCAAGGUGACACCCUUGCUU